AUGGCUGCUCUUCAGCUGCUGCUGAUGGUCCCGGCGCUGGGCAGCUUCCUGUUCACCUUCGGGACCGGCGUGGAGCUGAUCCGCUUCGUCUCCUUCCGCGCUCUGUUCCUGCAGCCGGGGACGGGGGCUGCCCAGCACAGAACCGGUGCGGGGGCGUAGGGGCGGGAGAGAAAUGGAGGGGCCUUGCGGGGGAGGGAAUGAGAGCUUGGGGUUGCAAAGGGGUGCGAGGUGCGCGGUCUUUGGGCGGAGGAGCAGGGAUCCGGCGGCCCCCCAGGUGUGGGGCUCUGUAUCGGGUCCAGGGCAGCAUGGGCAGUGCUGAGGGAUGACGGGAGUUGUAGUUCAGCAGCAUGCCAAGAGGUAUGAAAAAUUGCCCGUUCAUCCCUUCCUUUUAUUUUUGGUUUGGAUCCUGAAGACGCCCAGGCGAGUGGCAGGAGGCUGAAACUCUAAAGCAGCCACUUUGAAACUGAGAAAGUCAAAUGAUAGGAAUUCCUAGAUCUUAGAUAAGAUGCUUUUAACACUGUGAUUUUAUGUUGCAAUGGUUCCUGUUGGAAGUUUGCGUCUUGCCCUGGGCGUUUUCCAACAAGCAGAAAUAAAUGUGGCGCCUUGUUGUGAAAGGCAGGCAGGGCUAAGGAUGUGGUCUGGCUCCCCUCCACCCCACCCCCACCCCCCGCCGAUGCUAUUAGUAUGUGAACAAUAUGGUUUGGUAAUAAUAUCCCAUGAUGUCGUUAAAGAUGAUUGGAUAAAAAUGUCUGUAUGUUCUACUUCCUGCUCUGUAUGUUAAGGCCAUUCAAUCCAGAAUCUUCCCAAUAGUUUAAGAGAGCCUUCCCCAACCUGCUAUCAUCCAUAAGUUUUAAAGUACAACUCUCACCAUCCCUGCUGGCUGGGACUGAUGGGUGUUGGAGUCCAACAUCUCAUAAAUAACAGGAUCUGAGAUUACAGAAUUAUAGAGUUGGAAGGGACCCUGAGGAUCAUUUGGUCCAAUCCCCCUGCAAUGCAAUAUGCAGCUGUCCCUUACAGGGAUUGAACCGGCAACCUUAGCACCAUCGGCACCACACUCUAACCAACUGAGCUAUCCAGAGAACACCAGCUUGUGGAAGGAUUGUUUUAAGAUGAUGAGAGAGAGAAGGAGAGAGAGAACAAUUUGUCUCUGGGAUCAAUUUCUGGGCUACUAUCUGAGAUCCUCUGCCAGCCCCUGCUGGAUGCACUAGGCCUCACCUUGAGCAAACCUCUUUUCUUUGCAGAUGCUGCUCAUCUUCAAUGGGGAGCUGCCCUGAGGGAUCCCAAGAUUCUGCGGCCACUAAUGGUGGAUGUGGGCUUAAUUGUCCUCUUCAUCCUGCAACACAGCCUCAUGGCCACUCAGCAAGUCAAACACUGGACCAGAAGUUGCUUUGGAGUUCUACAGAGAUCUUUCUAUGUCUUCUGCACAGCGUUGACUCUCCAGGUAGGCGUAUCAAUUUGGGGCACCAAAAUGGGGGGAGAGGACUGAAGGGGAGGAAGAAGUCCCACAGGCAAGAUAACAGAGCAAAUCAGAGUGAAUUCUUGCCCAAGUCAGAAAAGCUAAGCUCAGAAUGCAGAAUAAAUCUUCCUGGCAUGAUGCCGUUUAGAUUUCAUACUCUGCACUUUCAUGGAAGCAAUAUUUCCAAAGCAAAUCCCCCAAUUUCAGCAUUAAGUCUUUGCUCCUUGGUACAAAUUAUUUUGAUAACGGACCUCCCAAACUCACACCGUUAACUCAGCAUAGCCUUCAUUAUGGUGCGAAGCAAAAUGCAUCAUUGUAAUGAACACUAGAAUCUUGCACAAUUUAAAAACAACAACAACCCAGUAUGGAUAUGAUUUGUAUGAUUUGGCUAAUGUCUACAUGUCCAGCGGAUUUUCUACAAUGUGAUUGCAGUUUUGGAGUCCCAAAAUGCAGCCAUAUUAGAUGUGUGCCUGCAGGAGAAUCCACUUUUAUCUAAUGUGCCUUUUCCUUCCCACCUAGCUGCUGAUGAGGUACUGGCAGCCUGUGCAGGAUGCUCCUGUGCUCUGGAAUACGAGCAGGGAGCCGUGGGUCACUUGGGUCCCUCUCAUCUGCUUCAUCCUCCACUUCAUUGCUUGGCUGGUCAUCUUUAGCAUCCUCCUCAUCUUUGACUACGCAGAGCUGAUGGGGGUCAAACAGGUACCGCGCAGCUUCCCUUUUCCCAUCUAGAGAGGCCACCGUCCUGUAUUUGGCGGCUGAGCUCAGCGAGGCCCAAUUAACCAGCCAAUGAGGGUGAUAGAAGAUAUUUCCUCCUGCUGUAAAAUAUUUCUAAAAAGAAAGGCCCCAGGUUUGAAGGAAAUUUGGAAGCCAUGACCUCUCUCUUGGAAGCUCUUAAUGUGCUCUGGCUUUACAGUGAUAGCAGUUGGGGGGGUGCAUUGGAUUUGUAUGAAUUCUGAGGGAUUUAUUUAUUUAUUUUAAAAAAUUUGAUUUUAAAACUAUAAGAUACAAUACAACCACACACAUCCACAUUUGGAGAUUCCUCAGAAUCUCUGGACUUCCCACCUUCCCCUCCGUGGGUCCUAUUAUUAAACCUUUUCUACUGCAUCUCUUUCAAUAGUCCAUAUUUUAUAUAGGUCCAUAGUACUUGCUACAAGUGUUAUUGCAAUCCUGCUAAUGUUUUCAUCUGUUUACAGUGGUCUCCAAGAUAAAUUAUAAAUUUCCCCCAUCCUUUCUUAAAGUUAUGGUCUUCUUGGUUCCUGAGCAUAACGGUCAGUUUUGCCAUUUCGGCAUAGUCCAGCAGUUUAAUUUGCCAUUCCUCUCUGGUAGGGACAUUCUCUUCUUUCCAUCACUGGAAUUCUGAGGGAUUUUUGGUCAAGGCAGAGACCGCAGAAGCACUUAGUGUUGUCUCAGCAGUCCAGACAGACAACAAAACAAAAACCGAUCUCACAUUCCCCCUCAGUGAAUAUGUAGAGGCCCAAUGUGUACACAAGUCUAAAAUGGUGUCUUGUUUCCCCAAAAGAUUUGUGCAUCUGCGGUGCAAAUGGGUGUUUCUCUCGUUCUGUAGGUUUACUACCACUGCCUGGGCAUGGGGGACCCUUUGGCCGUGAAGUCCACAAGUGCCAUCCGCCUCUUCUCCCACCUGCGUCACCCCGUGUACCUGGAGUUUCUCCUCAUCCUGUGGGCUGUUCCCUGCCUUUCUCUUGACCGCCUGCUCCUCGCAUUGCUCUUCACAGCCUACAUCACCUGCGCCCACAACCUUGACCAGCAAGACUACCUCUACCUGCGAGCUCAGCUGGACAAGAAGUUCCAGAUCUUCUCCCGUGAGGAGGCAGCCUAUGGGGAUCUGCUGGCUCAGAAUGGCCCCUCCGUCCUUAAGAACUGA